AUGGAUCACGUGAAGCUGGUCGACGAUCCCAUUGACAUAUCCCAUAUCCAUGAGUUGCUGUUGGACGAUGGCUGCGGGGCAUCUUCGGUCUUUGUGGGCACCACACGCGAUAAUUUUCAGGGCAAGAAGGUGGUCUCGUUGGCUUACGAGGCCUACGAUAACAUGGCCAUCAAGGAAAUGAACAAAAUCUGCUCCGAUCUACGCAGCAAAUGGCCCGAAUUGAAGCACAUAGUCAUUCAUCAUAGAUUAGGAACUGUGCCCGUUAGGGAGGCCAGUGUAGUCAUAGCAGCUUCGUCCCCACAUCGCUCAGAAGCACUGGAGUCGGUGUCGUUCGCCAUAGACCAGCUAAAAACUCGUGUACCCAUAUGGAAAAAGGAAAUAUACGAAGGGGAUCACAAAGCCGAAUGGAAGGAGAACAAGGAAUCCAUCAGGACCAAAAAGUCUUUAAGUGGUUUCAACUACUCGGCGUGCCCUUGUAGGGUCGAGGAAUCGCAUGACGUCCCACAGAAAUUAGUGCAAAUUAGAGUUAAUGAUGCCGAGUUAAGCAAGCGCUUAGAAUGCUUUGUUAACAGAAAACGUGCUGAAAUUAACUCCCAAAAUAUAAUUGACUUUAAGCACUCGCCCGGUGACUCAGUCCCAGAGUCGAGCGACUCCUGUGCCCGAACUCAAAGCACUGUAAUAAAGCAGGAAAAAUCAAAUUGCCAUAUAAAAGUUCGGCGGGUAAACAAUCGCAGCUAUUCGCAGCAAACGGAGCUGCGACCCAACUAUGAACUUGAACUUAAUAGGCUAAUGGGAUCGCGUGAUGGUCAGAACGACCCAUCCGACAAGACGAGAAAAUCUCUAUAUGAUUCUCGUUUGCUAACAAUUGAAUCGUACAUGGGUUUGCCACCAAACAGCGAAGAAAACAUCUUCAGUCGCAUUAAAAUGUUAGAGGACAGAAUUCUUAUGCUGGAGUCUAUUUCUCCAGAAUACAAGCACUUUACCAACAGCGAACCGUCAUCUCUGGAACCACCGGCUCCGAAAAAGAUUCGAAAAAAAUCCUAUUCAACGCAAGAAUUGGGCAUGUUGAUAGAAAAAAUAAGAAAUGAAUAAAACAAAUUAUAAUUUAAACCAAUGAGCUGUCCCUUGGUUUUAAAUGAUUUAAAUUUAUUUCAACAUUUCAACUAUUUGUAAUAGUUAUAUUAAAUGCAUAUAGGAUGAGUGAAAAAAUUCAAAAA